GUAAUACUAAAAGCGAGACAAGGAAAAUGAUACUCUGUUUACCUAAUCUUAUAUACAACACAAACAAAAAGAAAUAAAAUUGAAUUUAUUUUAAUAACAUCUUAUAAAUAUAUUUUAAAGAAUACUUUGAUAUAUAUUAUUUCUGUUAAUUUCAAGUAGAAGACUUUGCGCCCUUAAAUAUCACGAAAAUAUUUUUACAAUGACUAUGUAAAUAUUUUAUACAUGUAUAUAUUAUACAUAUAUGAUAUCUAUAGAUAUAAUAUGUAUAACCUAAACAAAAGCAUUAGCUAUUUGUAAUUAUUAAAGGACUGAACAGAAUUGCCAAUCUUAUCUGUCAGUUUUAUAUCAAAUAGUUAUAGAGAUUUAACAUUAUAAUAAUAAAUAAAGAAAUGGCUAAUAUACCAGAAAGCGCAUUGAUUGCUGCUCAGAAAGCUGUGCAAUUUGAUAGAAAUGGAGAAUAUAAACAAGCCCUAUAUUACUACAAAGUAACAGUAAAAUCUCUUGAUGGAUUAUCCUUAGAUGCUGCAUAUGAUCAGAAGAUUACAGAUUAUCGAGAAAGAAUAUCUGCGAUUCAACAAUUAAUUAAUGAGGAAGAUGAAUCACAUGGUGCUAUUAGUCAACAAAAGUCUGAUCUUCACAGGUGUGAAUUUUUGAUAAGUCAAGCACUUGAUGCUGAUGAAGCAGGUCUUAAAGAUGUUGCUUUGAAAUUAUACACAGAUGCUGCUGAAUUGGGCCUUAGUGUAAAAAUAACUACUUCUGAAAUAAAAAUAAAGUUAAAUAAUUUAAUCCGACUUGCUCUUGAGAGAGCAGAAUCUUUAAAAGGUAUUAAAAAAGAAACUGAUGAUUUAGAUGAUAUUAUUAAAUCACUUCAAAAUUUACAACCUGUUCCUAAUGAUGAUCCUUCAGAUACAGUCUCAUCAUUAAAAUCUUCUACUACAAAUUAUUUACAAGAUAAAUUUUUAGGACAUCAAACAAAACCUUCACUGCACCGUGGAAGUAGUGCACAUCUUAAAAUAGCAAGUGGUAGUACCUCUUAUACGGAAGAAGAAAAAAAAGUUUUACUUCAUAGUUCUCAUAUAAAUGAUAAAGAAUUUGUACCUUUUAUGGAUGUUGAUUUAUUGGAGAGAUUUCAAUAUGCUAUACCAUUUACUGAUAAAGAUGGAUUAUUGGCAUUAGCUCCUAAACAGAAAACAACUUUUGCAAGAUGGUGCCGGCCUGAAGAAUUAUUUUCUGAACCUAAAAUGUUGAUGGGACAUUAUGUUGACUACUAUAGCAUUAAACAAACUGUCAUAUCAGAUUGUUCAUUUGUAGCUUCUCUUGCUGUAAGUGCGCAAUAUGAAAAGAGAUUUGGUCGUAGGCUUAUUACAUCUAUUAUUUAUCCAAAAAAUAGGAAUAAUGAACCAGUGUACAAUCCGUUUGGAAAGUACAUGGUAAAAUUACACAUCAAUGGCAUUCCUCGCAAAGUAAUAAUAGAUGAUUUGUUACCUGUAAAUCGACAUAAUCAGUUACUUUGCUCCUAUUCUAACAAUCGCGGUGAGCUAUGGGUUUCUUUAUUAGAGAAAGCAUAUAUGAAAGUAAUGGGUGGUUAUGAUUUUCCUGGAUCUGGUAGUAAUAUAGACUUACAUGCUUUAACUGGUUGGAUACCUGAGAGAUAUGCUAUAAAACCAGAUGAUCCAGAUUUUAAUAAAGAUGGUUUCUUUGAAACUCUAAGAUUGAGAUUGCAUAAAGGUGACAUGCUUGUCACAGUUGGUACAGGACAAAUGUCAGAUAUUGAAGCAGAAAGAGCAGGUCUUGUCUCUACUCAUGCCUAUGCAGUAUUAGAUGUUAGAGAAAUAAAUGGAGUUAGACUUUUUCAAUUGAAAAAUCCAUGGUCGUAUUUGAGGUGGAAAGGAAAUUACUCAGAAUUGGAUACAAUGCAUUGGACUCGUGAAUUAAGAGAAAUAUUGAAUUAUGAUCCAGAUUCUGCAUCACAAUUGGAUAAUGGAGUUUUUUGGAUUGAUUAUGACAGUAUAUGUCAAUUUUUUGUUGUCUUUCUUAUCAACUGGAAUCCUGGCUUAUUUAAAUAUACUUACUGCAUUCAUCAAAUGUGGAAUGCAGGAAUUGGACCUGUAAAAGAUGUGUAUAAUAUAGGCGAUAAUCCACAAUUUUUACUUGAAGUGCAAAGUAAUACGACAGGAGCAGUAUGGAUUCUCUUAACAAGACAUAUUACUGAUAUAGCUGAUUUUCGAGAAAAUAAAGAAUAUAUCACAGUAUUAAUAUACCGGAAUGACGGUAAAAGAGUAUAUUACCCAGAUGAUCCACCACCGUAUAUUCACGGAGUAAGGAUAAAUAGUCCACAUUAUCUUUGUAAAAUAAAAUUAGAAAAUAACAGCGAUACACAAUACACUUUGGUUAUAUCACAAUAUGAAAAAACACAUACGAUAUAUUACACUUUACGUGCGUAUGCAACAUGUCCUUUCAAAUUAUGGCAAAUACCUCAGUUAUAUAAAUAUGAAAAGGAGAUUACAGAUGGUCAAUGGAAAGGGAUUUCUGCAGGGGGAUGUUCCAAUCACACAACUUAUCCUAAUAAUCCAUAUUAUCAACUUGAUUUGGAAAGUACUGGGGAUAAUAAUUAUGUAUUAAUUAUUUUAAAAGGACCUAAAGAGUAUCAAAUAGGUUUUGACAUUGUUAUGGUAACUAUUAAUAAUCCAAAUGCAGAGGUGUUCAAAUCAAAAAAUUCUGGUUCAUUUCGGCCAGGAUUUGUUUAUUUAGAAUUAGAAAGAGUACCAGCUGGAAUGUAUCAUAUUAUUCCAUCUACGUAUCUCCCAGGACAAGAAGGCCCAUUCUUUUUGAUAUGUAAAUCAUCUUGCAAUUUAUUUCUUCGUCGAAUUCAGUAAUUAGUCAUUGUAAAAAUAUCUUUGUUGAAAAAUGGAUUUCAUUCUGUUUAUUCAACAUUAUCUAUUAUUAGAUGCAAGUGAUAUUUCAAUCAUACAAAAGCUUAUAUAAAUAAUAAUUUUAUUGCACGAUUUUAUUGGACUUAUCUGCUUGCGUCUCAUCUAUUAUUAUAAAAAAAUAAAAUAAAGAAAAAACAGAAGAAAGAAGAAACAGUGUGUUGCAAAAUACCUCUAUUUUAUAAUUCAAAGUACAAACAAAAAUAAGAAUAGAUUAUCAAUAUCUAUAUUUUGAUAUUUAGAAAUCAUGACACUUGAAUUAUAUAUGAAAAAGAAAUUAUUUUAUAUAUUUAUGUUUACUAAUAAAUCUUACAUAUUGUUGUGAAAUAUAAUAUCUAAAUUUUAUAAUCCUUACUAGACCUAUAAUUAUAGUCGCGUAAUAUAUACAUUAGGGUAAUAUCAAUUUGUCAGUGAGCACAUUUAUGUAGAAAGGUAUUUUUUAAUGAAAAUUGUAAUUAAAAAUUGUAAGACAUUUUAUUUCUCUAGUAAAAUCAACUCUAUUACUCUAUAAUACAAUACAAAAUACUACAUUUCAUAAGUUCAUACAGUUUAGCAAUAUUAAUGUUAAUGCGCAGUAAAAUUCUUUUUUUGCCUGGUAA